CACACACACACACACACGGGGUUUACGAAUUCCCUUCAUUUGGCUGAUUGCCGGAGGUGAAAGUCAAUGAGUGACUAGGGCCAAUAUUUGGGUGAGAACGACUGGGGAAGGUCGGGGCGAGAGAGUUCGGUGCCGCAAUGUUGCCGUUGCCUGAGACUUACGGAGAAGAGGGAAUCUGCGCCGGGGGUGGCAGCGGUUUGAGAUUUCGGUGAUUGCACUGUCCUCUGCCUCUCUGCAACAGAACGGGCGUGCAGUGACAAACGACCCUUCUUUAUGGCUAUUGCGCUGAAAUCUAGUUUCUUGCAACUGAAGAAAUACGAGGUCAAUUUCAAGGCGUUUUACCCCUCCAAGAUUUCUAUUGUACCACUUCGAAGAUACUCUCCAAUGGCUGCUAUCAGCACCACAAAAUCUGUUGGGCUCGCCAAAACAUUUACCAGACUGAAAAGAGAGGGAAAGGUGGCUUUUAUCCCAUACAUCACUGCUGGUGAUCCUGACCUUUCAACCACAGCAGAAGCACUGAAAGUGCUUGAUUCGUGUGGCUCAGACAUAAUUGAACUUGGUGUUCCAUACUCUGAUCCUUUGGCAGAUGGUCCUGUUAUCCAGGCUGCUGCUACCCGUUCCUUGGCAAGGGGUACCAAUUUUGAUGCAAUUAUAUCUAUGUUGAAGGAGGUUGCCCCACAAUUGUCUUGUCCAAUUGCUCUGUUUACUUAUUACAACCCAAUACUCAAGCGUGGUACUGAGAGAUUUAUGUCCACUAUUAGCAGCAUUGGUGUACAUGGGCUUGUGGUUCCUGAUGUUCCCCUGGAGGAGACAACAGCUUUGAGGAUAGAAGCUAAGAAGAAUGGGAUUGAAUUGGUACUCCUAACAACGCCCACUACUCCAAUAAGCCGGAUGAAAGCCAUUGUUGAAGCUUCAGAGGGAUUUAUUUAUCUUGUGAGUUCCGUUGGGGUCACUGGAACUCGAGCAGAAGUAAGCGAUAAGGUUCAGGCUCUUUUGCGUGAAAUUAAAGAGGCAACAACAAAGCCUGUGGCAGUUGGUUUUGGCAUAUCAAAACCAGAGCAUGCGAAACUGAUAGCGGAAUGGGGAGCUGAUGGGGUGAUUGUUGGCAGUGCUAUGGUGAAGUUGCUUGGUGAGGCCAAAUCUCCCAAGGAUGGUUUGAAAGAAUUAGAAAACUUCGCCAAGUCGUUAAAAUCUGCACUUCCUUGAAAACGAGUUGAUGAGCUUGAAUAAGAUUCAUAUCCUCCAGACCCUUCUGAACUACCCAGCUUGUUUCCCUUUAGUGUUUGUUCCAUCUCUUCGAACAACCUUGGAGACAAUAAUUUAGCCUCUAUAGCUAAGAUCUUAAUGUACCUUGACAGUAACAUGAAUUUUGGUAAGUUUAUUUCA